UGCGUCACACAAUAACCGACUUUUAUGCUACAAAUUGCGAGCGAGAAAUUUAAAUACAUACAAAAUAUACUGGUCGCUAAUAAUUUGUUACCAGCUAUCUAUUUGCUACAACCUUUCCUUAAGAAUGUUGUUGUUGUAGCGGCAGAAUUCUGCCAAAUUGACAGUCCUUGACCGGAUAAAAAAUGCGGGUCCGUUCCGGUUACGUAGACCUGACUGUCGUGCGAACGAUUUCCUUAAGAAUCUGUGAAUAUGCUUUAUUCUAAUGAUUAUACCGUGUAAUAGUUUAAAUGCAGAGAAAAAUAUGCAAGUUUCUUACUCACUGGAACUAUUUAAAACUAACGGUUUUGCGGUUAUAAUAUGGAUAUUUUGAAAAGGCUGCUGGCUAAGAAAAACUAUGUUCAUAUUAUUGGUUAUUUACUGAUACCUCUUGCUGUAAAAAGCAAUUUCGUCAAAAAGUAUAAUGUUACUGCCGAAGACUAUCGGAUGAUGGAAAUAGUGAUUAUCGAAAAUAAACCACACAAAGCCGGGCCGCAGUGGAAAUUUGCCGGUGCCUUUUAUUUUGCUACCGUAGUUCUGGCUAUGAUUGGUUAUGGUCAUUCAACACCAGUAACAAUAGGUGGCAAAGCGUUUUGUAUGGCAUAUGCAAUGGUUGGCAUUCCGUUGGGUCUCGUCAUGUUCCAGUCGAUUGGAGAACGUUUAAAUAAGUUUGCUUCAGUAAUAAUACGACGAGCGAAACGUUAUAUGCACUGCACUCAAACCGAGGCAACUGAAAUGAAUUUAAUGUUAGCGACGGGUAUGCUAUCGUCCAUCAUUAUAACCACUGGCGCAGCAGUCUUUUCACGCUAUGAGGGCUGGAGUUAUUUCGACAGUUUCUAUUACUGCUUUGUGACGCUCACAACCAUCGGAUUCGGUGACUAUGUGGCGUUGCAAAACGAUCAGGCGCUGAUCAAUAAACCCGGCUAUGUUGCGCUCAGUUUGGUGUUUAUUCUAUUUGGGCUUGCGGUAGUCGCUGCCAGUAUCAAUCUGCUGGUUCUUCGCUUCAUGACCAUGCAAGCUGAAGAUGCAAAACGUAACGAACAGGAUGCUCAAGAAGCCGCGGCAACUGCUUUCUCUCAUCAACAAUUAGCCUACGACGUCGAAUCCAGUAAUUUCAAUAUGCAUGGUAAAAUGUUACUGAACUCAAACUUCGAUGAAACUUUAUCAAUUUGUUCAUGCACGUGCCUUGGAGGUACAAAGUGUCUAAAUCAUGAACCAUUUGUUGAUCCCGAUUUUCGACCUACUGAUAUCGUUGAGAGUACGCUGAGUUUGAAGCGUGCAUCGGUUUGAUAUAUGGCAACAAAAUAGUAAUGUUUUAUUGAACAAUGUUAAUUGUUUUAUGUAAAAAAGCUAAUAGACAGAUGUACAUAGGGCACUAAUUAAAGUUGGAAAUUUAUAUGGUUAUGACAAUGUUAAGUUAA